GAGAAAAGGAAACGGAAACUAUCAUACCAAGAAGAUACUCUUAAGCUCUACAAUGAGCGCCAUGCUCAUAUUCAACUUUUUGGCGUUCUCGUUGAUCAUGUAUUUUAGUGCUGCAUUUAAAUCUAAACAAGAAUGGUAUAUCAAAGUUGCUAAAUCUGAGAGAUCAGGAAACAUUACAAAAUAUAUAACAAAUAGCGGCAACACUGUAUUGGAAUGCGCCACAUUUUGUUUGAAAAACGAGGAGAUUUGUAGUUCGUUCAAUCUGAGAAAAGUUGAAGGCAGCGAUGUGAUCGAAUGCAAAUUGAAUGGAGCAAAUUCCGGACCACUUGUUGCAAG